AUGUCCCGUGAUCUGGGCCUGCCGAAAUCGUUCGACCAAACCCAUUUGAUGAAUUUGACUGUGAAGGACUGGUCGAUGGAAGAGGUCCUGUCUCGGAGGCCCCCGAGGGACCUGGACGACGACCCGGGCCUCUCCCGCGACCGGAUCGCCGAGUUCCGCAAGGUCCUCCACCUCUACUUGGACUUCUCCCAGAAGGAAAAGUUCCUGCAACUCAAGAAACUCCGUCAGGCUCAGGCCAAUCUUCCGAUAGCUGCCUUCCGGGAUGAGAUAGUGGAGACGGUGAAGGAGAAUCCGGUCGUGAUAGUUGCCGGAGACACUGGUUGUGGGAAGUCCACUCAGGUCCCCCAAUACCUACUCCGCGCUGGAUUCAAAAAUAUCGCCUGCACGCAGCCGCGGCGGAUCGCUUGCAUCUCCCUGUGCAAGCGCGUGAGCCAGGAUCCUCUGCUAUCAAUAUACGAUGUGAUCGUGUUGGACGAGGUCCACGAACGCCAUCUCCACGGCGACUUCCUCCUCGGCAUCAUCAAGUGCCUCCUCCUUCAGCGAAUGGAUCUCAAAGUGAUCCUGAUGUCGGCGACCAUCAACAUCGAGCUGUUCCAGGAAUACUUUGCGCAUGCGGCUCCGGUGAUUAAGGUUCCGGGGAGAUUGUACCCCAUCCAGGUCCACCACCGCCCGAUCACCUCGGAGGAGAAGCGCGGCGGCAGCUCCCGCACGAACCCUGCCCCGUACGUCCGCAUCAUGCAGCUGAUCGACGCCAAGUACUCGUCGGAGGAGCGCGGCGACCUCCUCGUUUUCCUCAGCGGGAUGACGGAGAUCACGACGGUCGCCGAGGCGGCCCGCGUCUACGCCCAGCAGACGCAGAAGUGGAUCAUCCUCACCCUGCACAGCACGCUCCCGCUCCAUCAGCAGGAUAAGGUAUUCGACGUGGCGCCGGAGGGCGUGCGCAAGUGCAUCAUCUCCACCAACAUCGCCGAGACGUCCGUGACGAUCGACGGGAUCCGGUUCGUGGCGGACUCGGGCCGGGUGAAGGAGAUGAGCUACGACGCGACGAGCCACAUGCAGCGACUGCAGGAGUUCCCCGUCAGCCGGGCCAGCGCCGAGCAGCGCAAGGGUCGAGCGGGUCUGUCUCUCCCCCUUCGCUCUCUGCUCUCUCGACCAUACCCGACUUAUGAAAUGCGUAUUGGACUGAUUGAUAGUCGAACCGGUCCCGGUGUCUGCUACCGUCUGUACAGCGAAGAGGAAUGGAGGAAUUUCGCAGCUUAUUCGACCCCGGAAAUCCAGAGGGUUCCCCUGGAAUCCCUGGUGCUUCAGAUGAUUUCCCUGGGGCUCCCGGAUCCCCGGAAAUUCCCAUUCAUUCAGCCGCCCCCGCCCGAGAGCCUGGAGCACGCCAUCAACAGCCUCAAGGAUCACGGUGCGCUGGACGAGGCGGAAGGCCUGACGACGAUGGGACGGAUGCUGUCUCAACUGCCGAUCGACGUCACCCUCGGGAAGCUCCUGGUGAACGGGAGCGUGAUGGAGGUGAGGGAGCCGGUGCUCUCCCUCGCGGCCCUCCUCGCCGUCCAGAGCCCACUCACCAACAAGGCCUACCGGGACUCGCAUGCUCAGACGCUUCGGGCGAGCCUGGAGUCGGACCACGGAGACCCCCUCACUCUCCUCAACAUCUACUGCGAGUGGCUGGAGGGGAAGGGGGACGGCAAGGAGGGGAGGGACAGCCGACGCUGGUGUCGUGACCGGGGCGUCGAGGAGCAGCGUCUCUACGAGGUCACAAAGCUCCGGCAGCAGUUCCAGGACCUCCUCCAGGACAGUGGACUGGUGGACCGGUUGGGCCGGAUGCCCGAAUCGAGCGAGGAGCGGAGAAUCCGAUACGGGGAGCUGAAGCAGCUGAGGAGCAUGAAGCGCAAGUUCCACGAGACGGGGGGCAGGCGACGGAAAGUGCUCCGUCCGGGCAGGGACGACGUGGAGGACGACGACGACGAGGGUGGGGGCGGGGGCGAUCGGGGCGCAUCCCGAGAGGACGAGGUGGACAUUCGGGAUGUGGAGUUUCGCAUCCGCAACGACGCCACGCACGUUCGGGCCCUUUCGAGUAAAACCCGCAUCCGGAGCUUCCAAGACAUGACCAUCGUGAAGAUGGUGUUAGUGAGCGCCUUGUACCCGCAAGUCGCCGUCCCCGACGACCACAACUCCUACAGGCCGGGGUCGGACCAAGUGUAUCACACAAAGGGGAAAGCCUUCACCGUCCUCCAUCCGAUGGGGAAGCUGGCCAACGACCCGCAGGUGCUCCAGAUUACCGAAGCGGACAUCCUGGACUUCCCCGGGUUCGCUCGUCGGAAUCCCGUCUCCACCAAGCACCAGCUUCUGCUUUACGUGUCCCUGCUGGAGACGACGAAGCCGUACAUCGUGAAUACGUUGCGGGUGCCGGCCGCCCAUUCCUGUCUCCUCUUCUCCCGCUCCGUCGACUCCAAUCCGGACUUCUCUCGAGUGGUCUGCGACGAGUGGUUGGAGCUGCGCUUCCCGGACGUGGAUUCCGCCCAGCUGGCCCUGCUGCGAGCGGCUCAGAUCCGCACGCUGUGGAUGGAGAUCCUCGCGACUCGACUCUCGGGGGACGAGGACUCUCGGAGGGCCGGGGACUCGCGGCGGCUCCAGCGCCUCGCCCUGCAGUUCUACCUGCAGGAAGUCCCGUGCUCCGUGCGACGGCUCCUGCCCGCCGACACCAAGCACCUGUACAAGGGAGACACGGGAGGAGACAUCUGGAGGCUGGACGGAGAGGCGAAUCCCUUCUCCACCGACGGAGACGUCAUUCGGGGCGACAUCCAUCCCGUGAAGGGGGGUCUCCGACUCACUCCUUUCCUCACUUACGACUGGUGCAGGACACUCCUCCAUUCUCGCUUUGCUUUUUUCCUCAUUUAUCUAUGCUGUCUGGAAGGGGAGAGCCUGGAGGGGUUGCGAGGGAUGGGAGGAAUGGGAGAGGAGGACGAGGAGGAAUCAGGAUGGACCUGUCCCCACUGCGAAACCCUUUUCCCCCUGGACAACGUCUUUGAAAAACUGAAUCACAUGCGUGCUUAUCUCUUGCACGACCAUGAUGGUACGCUUCAAGGCAAAUGUCCUUGCUCAAGUCAGUUAAGGAUGUUUCACAUUUUCACCAGUCAUUGA